UUUUUUUUUGUUAGACAAAAUAUGCUUUUACGCCAUGUAUCCAUCAUUAGACCAACAUGUUCGACCAAAUCACUUUAUCAACCGUGUUUCUAUUGGCGACGACGAAAUAAGAUCACUUUAGUUCACCAAGAUUUCCCUGUUGACACAACCUCCAUCAAACGUCCAGUGCCUAUUGUACUUGUUCAAAGUAGUCAAGAUACUGACAGGACGUAAAAAAAAAAAAAAUAGUCUUUCUUUUUCUAAUAUAUAUAAUGAUUUGUAGAUGGCCUUCACGAUGGCAAAAAAUACUCAUUAAUAAAGGAUAUCGCUCAAGUUGGAUUCAUUUACACAAAUGUAAAAGUCAAGCACUGGAUAUAUGGUAUAAAGACAUGACACAAGCUAUGCAGGAACAUUCGUAUUUCCCACCCGUAUUAAUUGGUCAUGGCUUGGAAGCUUGGAGAGCAUGUCAAAAAUACGUUAGUAACAAACCAGUCUCUGGCCUUGUAUUGAUUCAUCGAGCAGGUGAAGAUAAAGUAGCAGAUGAUAUUCCAUGUUUCACAUUUGAACCUCAUUUCCCAUUAUUGGUGGUGGCACCUUUGAAUAAAAUCCCUUUAUUUUUACAGGAACAAGUGGAUCAUGUGCUGACGGAUUCUCCUGGUGGACACGAUCUAUUAUUACAACAUACUUUGGAUUGGAUGAAUGAUGUCAAUAUGUAGUAUAGUUUCUUGUGUAUACCUUUUUGUAUCAUAUAAUAAAUCAAUAAAAAAAAAAAAG